AUGAAAUUUGCCAAGUACCUUCUCCUCUUCCAUGCUGCGCCGGAGCUGGAGGACGAUGCUGUCCCAGAAUGGAGAGUAAAAUACCUUAAUUACAAGGCGGGCAAGAAGCGGAUCAAAGCCAUCUCUCGCGCCCUGAAGACCGUCAAUCGCACCCCAGCAACGCCUGCCCGACCACCACUCCUGCCCGAAAACUCCUCCGAGCGCGUGCCCUUCACUCACUAUGACUUCACCCGAUCAACUCGCCCAAACACCGCUGGAACCAUCCUAUCUGUCCCAGAGGAAGAAGAAAUUGCCCCCGAAGACUACCCUAAGUCUGGCCCCAAUCGACGAGAAAGUCAGACACUGUUCGCCAGUUCCCCACCAAUCAUGAUACCUGGUGCUCCCUUCAGCAAUGAAACAAGUAGCAGAAAUUCCCCAGAUAGACAACCACUACAACAUGCCAAUAGCGACCCUGCGGCAAGUAGGCGACAGAUGAACUAUGGGAGCAUUGUCGGAACCCCGCCCUCGGACGAAACACCUGGCAAUUUUGAUACGCUUGAACUCCCAGAUCCUGCCUUGAGUCCGGCUGAGACUCGAAAGCAGAAAGAAUCGGACCCGUCCCCUGCUAUUGAGCCCCGGUUACCUGAAAGCGCCCAACCUAUUCCUGGCCCUGUUCCCUCGUCUGACGCAUAUCAUGUUGGCGAAUCCAACCGUCCUCCAAAGUUAGGAAAUAGUCUCUCACGCCGCAUGUUUAACAAAAAGCUCGUCGGUAAAAGCUCCUCUGCUGCAUAUCCACCACAUACAUUUCCUCGCUCCCGAUUGAGGAGACUUUUCUCCGCUCAUGUUCUGGAUUCACCCAAGGUGAAUGACGUCCAACUCAGUGCUUAUCGAGAAUUGGACACCCGACAGGCCGAAUUCUUCUCGUUCUUGGACGAUGAACUAGACAAGAUCGAGACCUUUUAUAAACUCAAAGAGGAAGAGGCAUCCGAACGUCUCCGUGUCCUUCGCAAUCAAUUGCACGAGAUGAGGGAUCGCAGGAUCGCAGAUAUACAGCAAGCUAAGGGGCAGAGACAUCCACCCGAGGAGGGCAUUCUUGAUGGGAUUCUACCAGCCAUAGCCCUGCCCAACGCCCCCCUCAAGGAGCAUGCCCAACCAAAUGGCAAUGGCCACUUCAUGAGACCCUUAAGUGAUGCUUUAACCCGUGGUACUACAAUCGGUAAAACCUCCAAGGCUAUGAUAGGUCAAAGUUCUCCACUAGGUCCUAAUGCUCAGCAACGUAUCAAAGACGCAAGGCAAGAUUAUGUCCGGCACAAGCACAGCAACGAAGUCCCGUACAUAUACGCCAAAAAGAGACUGAAGCUAGCUUUGCAAGAGUUCUACCGUGCUCUCGAGCUGCUGAAAUCCUACGCUCUUCUGAACCGCACGGGAUUCCGUAAAAUCAAUAAAAAAUACGACAAGGCGGUACAAGCUCGACCUCCACUGGGUUACAUGACAGAAAAGGUCAACACCGCUUACUUUGUGCAGAGCGACGUGGUAGACCAUCAUCUCACUGCUGUUGAAGAUCUCUACUCAAGAUAUUUCGAGCGCGGCAAUCACAAGAUCGCUGUCAGGAAAUUGCGAUCCAAGUUGGGCCCUGGCGAUCUGUCUUCCACCACCUUUCGUAAUGGCUUGUACGUUGCAGCCGGGGCAUGCUUUGGCAUAGCAGGCCUUGUCGAUGCCGCAAAUCUACUAUACAGUUCCGACCCGACACUGUCGGUCCAAACCAGCUAUCUUUUGCAGCUGUACGGUGGCUACUUUCUUGCCUUACUCUUGUUCUUAAUAUUUGUCCUUGACUGUAGGAUUUGGUCAAGAGCACAUAUCAAUUAUGUCUUUAUUUUCGAGUACGAUACACGCCACGUUCUUGAUUGGCGACAAUUAGCGGAACUACCGUGCUUUUUCUUGUUCUUAAACGGAAUCUUCUUGUACCUUAAUUUUCGUCAGAGCGGCCAAGGUUGGUUCUAUCUCUAUUGGCCAGUCGUUUUGAUUGCCUUGACUUUGGUCAUCAUGGCAUUUCCUUUCCGAUACAUCUACUACCAAGCUAGACGAUGGUGGGGGUAUUCGAAUUGGCGCCUUCUCCUGGCAGGCUUGUACCCAGUCGAGUUCCGGGACUUCUACCUUGGCGACAUGUAUUGUUCACAGACAUACGCCAUGGGUCAGAUCGAGCUCUUCUUCUGCUUGUACAUCAACGACUGGACCAAUCCGGGUCAAUGCAAUUCCAAUCACUCACGCUUGUUGGGCUUCUUCGCCGCAUUGCCUGCUGUCUGGCGUGCCUUGCAGUGUCUCCGCCGAUAUUACGACUCUCGGAAUUGGUUCCCCCAUCUGGCCAACUUCGCAAAGUACUGCUGCAAUAUCCUCUAUUACAUGACACUGUCUAUCUACCGUAUCGACAAGACGAACCAGAACAAAGCAGUCUUUAUCUCUUUUGCGGCCAUUAACGGGGUCUACUGUUCUUUCUGGGACGUCGCCAUGGAUUUCUCCCUCGGGAACCCUUGGGCCAAGCACCCAUUUCUCCGUGACCACCUUGCUUACAAAACUAUCUGGAUCUAUUACUUUGCCAUGGUGGCGGAUGUGGUGUUGAGACAGCAGUGGAUCUUGUAUGUUAUCUUUACUUCUGACCUUCAACACUCUGCUUUGAUGUCUUUCUUCGUCAGUCUGGCAGAGGUUCUGAGGCGAGGAAUGUGGAGCCUCUUCCGUGUAGAGAACGAGCACUGCAAUAACGUGGAUAAAUUCCGGGCUUCGAGAGAUAUCACUCUGCCCUACGAAAUUACAGCCUCGCCCGAACUUCUACAGAAGUCAGCGCGCCGACGACAAGAAGAAGGCCAAUCUACAGAGACGUCAGAGACCCUCACUGAAGACCACCCCCAGACUAGACCCGAGCUUCACCUCACCACAGGCGCCGACAUCGAACGCGCAGAGACGACAACGUCAUCUCUCCGCCAACGCAAAACACGAGACGCCCAAACCCCCGCCCCGCGAACGCCCGGGCUCCGUGCCCUUGCACGCGUCGGCACAUUCAUCGCCUCCGCGCACUCCCAGGACUUCGAGAAGCGUAGACGCCCAGAAGUCGACGGGGCCGACGGCCCCAGCUCGGAGUUGGGCAUCGCGGCGAUAGGUGGCAGUAGUGACGACGACGACGACGACGACGAUGACGACGACGAUAUCCUCGGCCGCGAAGAUGAGGAGAGGGAGUUGCAGAACCAGCGUAAUGAAGAGGAGCUGGAGGAAGCUAAUCGCUUGGUCCAUCAUGCUAGAGGCGGCGAGCGCUCUGGGGGAUAG